AUCAAUCAUGGCGGUUUGAAGAACAAACUAUUUUCCCAACAAAUUAUUUUCGUUCGAAUUUCACGAAAAUCCUGAAAGAAAACACACAAACAGUUCCACAUUUUUAUCCGUCAAAUUUUAACCGUACAUUUUUAAUCCUAAAAUAACCAACAUGAGUUCGAAAGGACAACACGUGCAGGAUAAUUCAGUAGCCGAAAGACGACUGCGGCCAAUAUAUGACUGGUUAGAUAUUGGCAAUAAUAAGAAAGCUCUACAAGAAUGUGAUAAAGUCUUGAAGAAGACACCGAACUUGCAGUGCGCGAAGGCGCUCAAAGCGCUCACUCUACAUCGAAUGGGAAAAGAAUCCGAAGCUGCCAAUAUUUUGGACGCUCUUACUGCAGAAAGGCCUACCGACGACGCGACUCUGCAAGCGAUGACGCUUUGCUAUAGGGAAUUGCAACAACUGGAAAAAAUCUGCAAACUGUAUGAAACCGCAGUUAAACUAGACCCCACAAACGAGGAAUUGUUUACGCAUUUAUUCAUGUCGUACGCUCGCAUUUUUGAUUUUAAGUCGCAACAGCAAACCGCGAUGACUUUGUAUAAGCACAAACCGAAAACUCCGUACUAUUGCUGGGCUGUUAUGAGCAUAAUCCUGCAAGCGACAAGAGGGGAGGGCAAAAAUGAUCCCAAAAAGCGCCAGUUGUUACUAAGUCUCGCUGAACGAAUGAUGGAGAAACUUAUAGUUGAUGGAAAACUUGAUGCCGAGCAGGAGGUUCAGCUGUACAUUAUGGUUCUCGAAUUGCAAGGGAAGUUUGAGGAGAUUUUAGUGAUUUUAGAUGGCCCUUUGGGGACGAAAUUAACUUGUAGCAACAUCCCCCAGAGUCGGUUAAAGUAUCUUGUACCUUUAGAAAGGUGGGAUGAAGUUAAUUUGUUGUGUAAGGGAAUCCUUGUUGACAGCGUAGAUCGAUGGGACAUUUGGAAAGAAUAUGUAAACUCGGUGUUUGAGUUAAUGGAAACAAACAAAUGUGAGAAUAAUCAUGAUAACGGGACUUCAGAAAAUGAUUUAGAGACUGUGGAUGAUACUCCUGAAAAGUGUCAUGAGUUUAUUUGUAGAAUCGUUGAAAAUGGGGCUGAUAAUGGAUUUUUGCUCAGAGGGCCAUAUUUGGCAAGGUUUGAAUUGUGCUCAAAGCUAAUAAAACGCAACGUUGACCCCAGUGACGUUAUUGGUGAAAGUAUUGAGCUUUUUAUUGAGUAUUUUCGGAAGUUUGGGCAUAAGCCAUGUUGUGUAUCAGAUUUGAGGUUAUAUUUAAGUUUGCUAGAUGGAGAGAAAAAGGCUGAAUUGUCGGCUAGAUUAAUUAAGGAUGUGGGGAUAAGUUCAACAAGUGUGCCACAAUCUGAACAGCAAAUGCAGCGCCAUCUAUGUGCUCUCCAACUGUCACGCUUAUGUGGAGCUCACCGAAACCUAACCUCUGACCAUCUAAAAGCUUUAGUAACAGCAUUUUCUCUUCACUACGAACAUGGUUACCAAACAUACGGCACAAAUCUACUGUCGACCGAUUUAGGUCCUUCAGAUCCCUACGCCUUACUAGCGGCACACGUUCUGUACGACCUAUCAAGGACCGAACAGAGUUCGGACCCUAUAAUUGCCGCUCUCGUAUUAUUGGAGAACAUGCUAAAGAACAGUCCGAGUAAUUUUCACGCGAAGUUGCUGUGUGUCAGACUUUACCAUACAGUUGGUGGUUGCUUAGGUGCUCAAAACAUGUAUAAUAGUUUAGACACGAAACACCUACAAUUGGAUUCGUUAGGUUUCAUUCACUGUGCGAGGUUGCCAACCUUGGGUUUGUAUUCGGUGUGUACGAAUUUGUUCGACGUUACGCUGAAAUUUUUUUCGUCAAAUUAUAAAGAUAGUUCUGAUCAUAUAACCUUUUCGUACAAAUAUGGCUCGUUUAUCAAAUUGGAUGAAUUCAUGGACUUCAGGGAAAGACUGAAUAACAGUAUGCAUUACACUACUGUAGCAAUAGAUAGAAUAGUUCUGAGUUUAGUGGAAUGUACAAGUUUAGAAGGACUGUACAAUAUCGACAUAUCACCGAAGGAUAAUAAUAUUGAGUGGGAGGCUCUGAGAGACAAUCACGACCUUAGCUGUUACAUUACUUGGGAUCCCGAGCGCUUAGAAGGUCCCCCGGAAGAAUUCGAAGACGUGAAGAAAUUCUUCACCCACAACUUAGUCUUUCUCAAGUUGCGAGCGUCCGUUUUGUGGGCGCUGGCAUCAGCUGUAGAUAUAAUCAAGUCUUCAGAUGGUGUUCGAACGAAGCACGUCGAAAAGCUGAAGAACAUAUUGAAUAGUUGGGAGGAUUUGUGGGAGGAGAGCAGAAAUCGCAAGUACACGCCUUUAAGGCAGAACCAAGUCACGUUACCUCUUCCGUCACGCCUACACGUCGCUUUGGACACGCCCCAUUACGAAAUUAUCGCCAACACGUUUCGUAUUUUGUUAGAGGCAUCAUCAGAGAGCGGCGUCAGCGACGAUUUGGUCAAGAAGAUCGAGGUUACGUUGAAGGACGCGUUGGAGAUGGUGGAGAAGAAGACGAGCGAUGGCAAGAAUGCGAAUUUGGUGUAUAGACGCGAGAACAUGGAGUACGUUGUAAAUAUUGUGGAGAUUGUGUCUUUGGCGUCGUUAGUAUGUUUGCUGUGCAAUGAUCUGGUAAAACCUACACAGGGUAAAAAAGGUAAAAAGAGAGUGCACGAGUCGUCAUCGAAAGAACUAGUGAAUCGGCUCGCGAACAGUUUUAAAACGCACAUUAACGUAUUAAAUAAUGUUUUACAAUCAUGGUCUAAUUUUAGUGUGUCAAGUGAUUUAUCAGGUAUGUUUGAGGCGUUAAAUUUGAAUAAUGACGGACAUAGCAUUUGUGAAAAUGUCGUAAACAGUUACGUUUUGGCUUGCCGAGAAAUGCAGUGUGUUUUGAAAAGUAAGGUUAAAAUGUUGAAUAGUAUAUCCUAAGAUAAAAAAAGAUGUGCCAUUUUUGACACAUUGUAUCGUGAUUGGUUGAAUAAAUUGUGGUUUUUAA